UGUCAAACAAGAGCCAAGGAGCAAACUAGCUUCUUAGUCACCUUGCUCUUCUCCCCGUUUUGGCAGCAGCCCCUCGGGGCAAGGGGAAGCUGAUAUCAUAAUUAUUGGCUCACCCAGCAACUGCCUCCCCUCACCUGAUGUCAGCACAGACCCGGGACGGCCGAGCUGACGGACUGACAGACGGACUGAGCUCUUGGCCCCCCAGCCUCGGGGCCCCACGCCGACCUGCUUCAUUGAGCAGCUCAAGGGAGACGCAGGAAGUGGCCGGCUUUCUUCGAGGCCAGGACUGGGUGAUGGUGUCGCUACUCCCGCCGCAGUCUGACGUCACGCUGCCGGGCCCCACCAGACUGGAGGGCGAGCCCCAAGGGGACCUCAUGCAGGCCCCGGGCCUCCCAGGCUCGCCUGCCCCACAGAGCAAGCAUGCCGGCUUCAGCUGCUCGUCAUUUGUGCCCGAUGGCCCUCCGGAGAGGGCACCCUCACUGCCCCCACACAGCCCCAGCAUCGCUUCACCAGGCCCUGAGCAAGUCCACUGCACGGCGGGUCCUGGCCCCAGCCCUUUCCGGCUCUCACCCUCAGACAAGUACCCCGGCUUCAGCUUUGAAGAGGGCCCGGCCAGCAGUCCCGGGCGCUUCCUCAAGGGCGGCCACGUGCCUUUCCACCCGUACAAGCGGCAUUUCCAGGAGGACAUCUUCCCCGAGGCCCAGACUGCCCUGGCCCUUGAUGGACACGCCUUUAAGACCCCGGGGGUGCUGGAGGCCUUUGAAGAGAUCCCUGUGGAUGUGGGGGAGGCUGAGGCCUUCCUGCCUGGCUUCUCAGCAGAGGCCUGGUGCAAUGGGCUCCCCUACUCCAGCCAUGAGCACAGCCCCCAGGUCCUGGGGUCGGAAGUCAAGGUCAAGCCCCCAGCUCUGGAGACUGGUCCUGGCAUGUACUGCUUCCAGCCCCCCUUGCAGCACAUGUACUGCCCCUCCCAGCCUCCCUUCCACCAGUACUCACCAGGUGGCGGCAGCUACCCUGUACCCUACCUGGGCUCCCCACACUAUCCGUACCAGCGGAUUGCACCCCAGGCCAGCACUGAUGGGCACCAGCCACUCUUCCCCAAACCCAUCUACUCCUACAGCAUCCUCAUCUUCAUGGCCCUUAAGAACAGUAAAACUGGGAGCCUUCCUGUCAGCGAGAUCUACAAUUUUAUGACGGAGCACUUCCCAUACUUCAAGACGGCGCCCGAUGGAUGGAAGAAUUCUGUCCGCCAUAACCUCUCUCUCAACAAAUGCUUCGAGAAGGUGGAGAACAAAUCGGGAAGCUCCUCUCGCAAGGGCUGCCUGUGGGCCCUCAAUCCAGCCAAGAUCGACAAGAUGCAGGAGGAGCUGCAGAAGUGGAAGAGGAAAGACCCCAUAGCUGUGCGCAAGAGCAUGGCCAAGCCAGAAGAGCUGGACAGCCUCAUUGGAGACAAGAGGGAGAAGCUGGGCACCCCACUCCUGGGCUGCCCACCCCCUGGGCUGGCAGGCUCAGGCCCCAUCCAGCCCCUGGCACCUCCAGUUGGGCUCUCCCAGCCGCUGCACUCAAUCCACCCAGCUCCAGGCCCCAUUCCUGGCAAAAACCCCCUGCAGGACCUACUUGGGGGCCACGCGCCCUCCUGCUAUGGGCAGACAUACUCACACCUCUCACCGGGCCUGGGCCCUCCUGGACCUCCGCAGCCAUUGUUCCCGCAGCCAGAUGGUCACCUUGAGCUGCGGGCCCAGCCAGGCACCCCCCAGGACUCGCCUCUGCCGGCCCACACCCCACCCAGCCACAGCACCAAGCUGCUGGCUGAGCCUUCCCCAGCCAGGACCAUGCAUGACACCCUGCUGCCAGACGGAGAUCUCGGCACUGACCUGGAUGCCAUCAAUCCCUCGCUCACCGACUUUGACUUCCAGGGAAACCUGUGGGAACAGCUGAAGGAUGACAGCUUGGCCCUCGACCCCUUGGUACUGGUGACCUCAUCCCCGACAUCAUCUGCAAUGCCGCCACCUCCCCACUGCUUCCCUCCAGGGCCCUGUCUGGGAGAGACAGGCAGUGGGGCGGGUGACUUGGCAUCACCAGGCAGCGGGGGCUCGGCAGCCCUGGGUGACCUGCACCUCACCACCCUCUACUCAGCCUUCAUGGAGCUGGAGCCCCCGCCCCCCACGGCCCCCGCUGGCCCCUCUGUGUACCUCAGCCCCAGCUCCAAGCCCAUGGCCCUAGCAUGAGCCAUGCCCGGCAGCAGCUCCAGCCUUGGCCUGGCCUGGAGGUCCCCGCUGGCCGCCCACAUCGGGCUCACCUUAAAGGUCAAAGAAGGAAAACUCUCCCUGUCCCCUCUGCCACGAAGCCAACUUGUUUGUUAGCUGACAGCCAGGGGUGGAGACACCACCCAGGAUGCUACCCCUCACACAUUUCUGCUGCCCGGUGCCAGCUCCUCACUCAGAGCCCCUGAGAACAAGUGUCUGGGCAAAAAAAUUCACCCGCUCUCACUCAUCCACACUCAAGCCUCCCUGCACCUGUGCCCGUGCGUACACACUGUCAUUCAGACAUACACCCACCCCCGCGCCUUCUAUCCUGAGGAACCGGAACUACGUCACAGAGCCUGACUUGCUUUCGGGGGCAGCUGAGAGCUUUGGUGACCUCCAUGCAGGCCCAAGACCACCCUGACCACUAUUUUGACGCCCACAUUCUCUUUGGGCCUGGCCCCCUCCAGGCAUGAUCUUCCCCGAAGUCGAGGUAUUUAUUCUCCCAUCUUCAUUCCAGCAGCCUGUGAGGGAGGAGGAGACACGGAGCCUUCCUCUCCCCACGUUGCCCGGGGACUCCCCAGGGGGCUGCUGUUUAGCAGCACCGACUCUGCCCAUCCUCAGCACAUGCUCUGUCUAGCCCCAGGUGACACACAGGAGGGACCAUGUCCACCCCAGGCCCAAACUGAGCCCAAUUCCGACACAAAGUGUUUGGAAAAGCCCCUGCCCUUGGAAACUUGAAAGUAUCCUCUCCUCCCAGCCCUGGGUGUAGGCAGGGCCCCUCCAAGUCAUUUUGGUCUCACUCCUUCUCUAUAAGCUCAUGUAGUUUAGGCCCCAGCUUACUAAUUACUUCCAACGGUCUGAGGCAGCCUGGGCAUUCAGGGAAGGGAAGCCUGGCACAGGCUGACGGGGAGCACCCAUGUCCCCUCUCUCUGACUGCUUGACAGACCUGGGAUGCCCUUGGAGCUGGGGGCGUGGCCCUGUUGCCUGCCAGGCCCUACCUGGGAGCCCAACCCCCACCACGUGGGAACCUCAGCCUACCCUGGGCCUGGGGACGACAAGAACCCACAGAGUUUGGCCUCAGGAGAGGCACAGGCAGAUCCCUCAAUGGCCUGCCAUUGUCCCUUGCCCUGGAACAAUAAAGCAAGUGCCAUGUGGUCUCA